AUGCUGGUGCUACUGGUCGCAGUUGUGUCUGCAGUAGUAGCGGAGAAAUCGGCUGUGGACUUGUCACGGCUGCCUGACGGCUUCCUGAUGGGCACAGCCACGUCUGCCUACCAGACAGAGGGCGCCUGGAACGAGGAUGGUAAAGGAGAGAGCAUAUGGGAUAACUUGGUGCACAGGAACCCCAACUAUUCGGUUGACUGCAGUAACGGCGAUGUGGCAGCCGACUCCUAUCACAAGUAUAGGAGAGACGUCGCCAUGCUCAAGGAAUUGGGGGUGGACGUUUACAGAUUUUCGGUGUCCUGGCCUCGCAUAAUGCCCACUGGCGACCCGACUGAGAUCAACGACAGGGGCGUCGCCCACUACGAUGCACUCAUAAACCUGCUGCUGGAGAAUGGUAUCACACCCAUGGUGACGAUGUACCACUGGGAUCUGCCGCAGCGCCUGCAAGACUUAGGUGGAUGGGCCAACCCCAUAAUGGCUUACUACUUCGAGGAGUACGCCAAUGUGCUCUUCACCAAGUUCGGCGACAGGGUGAAGUGGUGGGUGACGAUCAACGAGCCGGAGCACAUCGCGGCGGGCUACGAGCCUGCUCUUUCCUUAUACGUACCCAGCGUGGCGCCUGGGCUGCCCGGCCACCCGGGCGUCGGCUCCUACCUGGCGGCCCACACCAUGCUGCUGGCGCACGGCCGCGCCUACCGCCUCUACAACACCACCUUCCGGCACCGCCAGCACGGUCGUCUGGGACUGGCACUGAGCGCUGUACACAUACAGCCUGCGUCGGAUGCUCCAGAGGAUGUUGCGGCUGCGCGCCGUCUCUUCCAGUUCCAGGUGGGCUGGUUCGCGCACCCCGUAUAUAGCGCGGAAGGCGACUACCCACCCGUGAUGCGCGAGCGCAUAGACUGCCGCAGUCGGAUGGAGGGUCGCUGGCGGUCGCGUCUGCCCAGCUUCAGCGAACACGAGCGCCGGAUGCUCACAGUACCUGAUAUUUUUGUUCCUAUAGGCUCUGCAGACUUCAUAGGUGUAAAUGAAUACACAUCAUCACUGGGGAGGUCCAAUGAAUCUGCAGGGGAUGCUGGAGCCAGCAUGGACCUCAACCCACAGUGGCCAACUGCUGCAGCCAAAUGGCUUCAGGUGGUGCCCUGGGGCUUUCGUGAGAUCCUCAACACUCUGGCCAAAGAAUAUCCGGGAUAUCCUAUCUUUGUAACUGAGAAUGGCUAUGCUGACCUUGGUGGCCUCAAUGACACUGAUCGUAUACAUUACAUUGUUAGCUAUAUGUCAGAAAUGCUGAAAGCUAUUUAUGUGGACAAAGUGCCUGUCAUUGGAUACACAUACUGGAGCCUCAUGGACAGUUACGAGUGGGAUAAUGGCUACAGGAUCAAGUUUGGCCUCUACUCGGUGGACUUCAAGCACUCGGACAGGAAGCGGCGUCCUAAGCAAUCUGCACGAGUGAUUGCCGCAAUCAUUAAGCGCAAGCGUCUGCCACAAUGGCUGAACAUGACUGCUGAAAGCAUAGGCAAAAGUUUGGGUUAA